AUGGGUGAACUAGGCUAUGACUUCUCCAAACCCAAAGCCGCCCAACCCGCACCCGCACCUGUAUCUGCGCCCGACACCUCAGCAGGCGUCGCCCCUCCUGACUUUGACGAAGAUGCCUUCCUGAAACAGCUAGAGAAGGACAUGGCUAACAUGAUGAGCAACACGCCCGGCAUACCUUCUGCAGACCAACCCGACUUCCAAAAAGCUGUAGACCAAGGCGCAGAUGUCUUUGCGAAACAGCUCGAGGAGAGUGGAAUCCCACCAGGCGAUUUCCUCAAACAGCUCCUAGCGGACGUGAUGGCCGAAGAGGGCGGGUCUGGCGCGGGAUCUGGAACGGGAAGCGCGAAGGCGUCACCUGCGCCUGCCCCUGCGCCUGCGCCGAGUGCGCCGGCUGGUGGUGAGCCUGAGUCGUUCAACGAUGCCAUUCAGCGGACGAUGGAGCGCAUGAGAGAGUCUGGGAAUAAGGCGACCGAAGCGGCGACCGAGGAUGAUGGGUCGGAUGAUAUGUUGGCGCAGUUGCUGAAGGCAGUUGAGGCUGGUGCGGCGGGCGCUGGCGAGGACGGGGAUUUGACCAAGAUGUUUAUGGGAAUGAUGGAGCAGUUGUCCAAUAAAGAGAUGCUUUAUGAGCCCAUGAAGGAGUUGGAUGGGAAGUUCGGGCCGUGGAUCAAGGAGAAUAAGGAGAAUGGCAAGGUUGCGGUUGAGGAUAUGGAGCGCUAUGAGACGCAGGCCAAGGUGGUGAAGCAGAUUGUGCUCAAAUUCGAGGAGCCUGGGUAUACGGACGAGGAUCCUAAAUGUCGAGAGUAUAUUUGGGAACGGAUGCAAGAGAUGCAAGCCGCAGGCAGUCCGCCCGAGGAACUGAUUUCCAACCCGCUCAUGGAAGACCUGGGAGGGCUAGGUGCUCUGGGAGGCGCGGCAGGUGCUGCAGGACCGGCUGGAGUACCCGAUUGCCCGCAACAAUAA